UGUGAAUGAGGAGGGGAGGUUGUGGGGCCGCCGCCGCGGAGCACCGUCCCCGCCGCCGCCCGCGCCCGAGCCCGCGCGCCCGCCCGCCGCCCGCCCGCCCGCGCCGCCGCCUCAGCCGCCUGGGCCCGGCGCGCCGCGGCCGCGUCCCCGCUGUCGCCGCCGCCCGAGCGCCCGCCGCCCGCCCGCCGCCGGGGUGGUGGUGGUGGCGGCGCAGGCUGAGGAGAUGCGGCUCGGAGCGCCCGCGCGGGGCUAGAGCGCCCGCCGCCGCCGCCGCCCGCCGCCGCGGUCACCUCCGGAGAGCCAGUGGGAGACCCUGCCCUCCUCUUGGAUUACGUGGCCUACGAGACGUGGUCAGCGAGACUCGGAGCUUCUGUGGCUGUGGUCCAAGCCUGCCCGUGGCUGUACUUGUAUGUGCCGUUGGAACUUUUGAGCUCCUUGGAGCUAUUGUUUACGUGGAAAUUUUGAGCCAUUUUGAACCUCUUGAAGGAGUAGACGCUGCUAGCAAUGAGCUCCCAAAGCCAUCCAGAUGGACUUUCUGGCCGAGACCAGCCAGUGGAGUUGCUGAACCCUGCCCGCGUGAACCACAUGCCCAGCACAGUGGACGUGGCCUCGGCGCUGCCUUUGCAAGUUGCCCCCCCGGCGGUGCCCAUGGACCUCCGCCUGGACCACCAAUUUUCACUGCCCGUGACGGAGCCCACCCUCCGGGAGCAGCAGCUGCAGCAGGAGCUCCUGGCCCUCAAGCAGAAGCAGCAGCUCCAGAGGCAGAUCCUCAUCGCCGAGUUCCAGAGGCAGCACGAGCAGCUCUCCCGGCAGCACGAGGCCCAGCUGCACGAGCACAUAAAACAACAGCAGGAGCUGCUGGCUAUGAAGCACCAGCAGGAGUUGCUGGAGCAUCAGCGGAAGCUGGAGAGACACCGCCAGGAGCAGGAGCUGGAGAAGCAGCACCGCGAGCAGAAGCUGCAGCAGCUCAAGAACAAGGAGAAAGGCAAAGAGAGUGCCGUGGCCAGCACAGAAGUGAAGAUGAAGCUGCAAGAGUUUGUCCUCAACAAAAAGAAGGCGCUGGCCCACCGGAACCUGAACCACUGCAUUUCCAGUGACCCCCGCUACUGGUACGGGAAGACGCAGCACAGUUCCCUUGACCAGAGUUCCCCGCCCCAGAGUGGGGUGUCGGCCUCCUACAACCACCCGGUCCUGGGAAUGUACGACGCCAAAGAUGACUUCCCUCUCAGAAAAACAGCUUCUGAACCCAAUCUGAAAUUACGGUCCAGGCUAAAGCAGAAAGUGGCUGAAAGACGGAGCAGCCCCCUGUUACGCAGGAAAGAUGGGCCAGUGGUCACCGCUCUGAAAAAGCGCCCACUGGAUGUCGCAGACUCGGCGUGCAGCAGUGCCCCAGGCUCCGCGCCCAGCUCGCCCAACAACAGCUCCGGGAACGUCAGCACGGAGAACGGGAUCGCGCCCGCCGUCCCUAGCAUCCCGGCCGAGACCAGCUUGGCGCACAGACUCGUGACGCGAGAAGGCUCCGUGGCCCCACUCCCCCUCUACACGUCACCCUCCUUGCCUAACAUCACCCUGGGUCUUCCUGCCACCGGCCCUGCCACUGGGGCGGCAGGCCAGCAGGAAGCCGAGAGGCUCACUCUCCCAGCCCUCCAACAGCGAAUCUCCCUCUUUCCCGGCACCCACCUCACUCCCUACCUGAGCACGGCACCCCUGGAGCGAGACGGCGGGGCGUCUCACAACCCACUUCUGCAGCACAUGGUCCUGCUGGAGCAGCCGCCCGCACAGACGCCCCUCGUCACAGACUGGUAUCUUUCAGGCCUGGGAGCGCUGCCCCUGCACGCACAGUCUCUGGUGGGUACGGACCGGGUGUCCCCCUCCAUCCACAAGCUGCGGCAGCACCGCCCACUGGGGCGCACCCAGUCGGCCCCGCUGCCCCAGAACGCGCAGGCCCUGCAGCACCUGGUCAUCCAGCAGCAGCACCAGCAGUUCCUGGAGAAGCACAAGCAGCAGUUCCAGCAGCAGCAGCUGCAUAUGAACAAGAUUAUCCCCAAAGCCAGCGAGCCGGCCCGGCAGCCCGAGAGCCACCCUGAGGAGACGGAGGAGGAGCUCCGCGAGCACCAGGCCCUCCUGGAGGAGCCCUACCUGGACCGGCUUUCCGGGCAGAAGGAGGCGCACGCGCUGGCCGGGGUGCGGGUGAAGCAGGAGCCCAUCGAGAGUGACGACGAGGAGGCUGAGCCCGCACGAGAGGCGGAGCCGGGCCAGCGCCAGCCCACGGAGCAGGAGCUGCUCUUCAGACAGCAAGCCCUCCUCCUGGAACAGCAGCGGAUCCACCAGCUGAGGAACUACCAGGCGUCGAUGGAGGCCGCUGGCAUCCCCGUGUCCUUCGGCGGCCACCGGCCUCUAUCCCGGGCACAGUCGUCCCCGGCGUCUGCCACUUUCCCCAUGUCUGUGCAGGAGCCCCCCACCAAGCCGAGGUUCACCACAGGCCUCGUGUACGACACGCUGAUGCUGAAGCACCAGUGCACCUGUGGGAACACUAACAGCCACCCGGAGCACGCCGGGAGGAUCCAGAGCAUCUGGUCCCGGCUGCAGGAGACCGGCCUCCGAGGCAAAUGUGAGUGCAUCCGCGGACGGAAGGCCACCCUGGAGGAGCUGCAGACGGUGCAUUCGGAGGCGCACACCCUGCUCUAUGGCACCAACCCCCUCAACAGGCAGAAACUGGACAGUAAGAAACUUCUAGGCUCGCUCACGUCGGUGUUUGUCAGGCUGCCCUGUGGUGGUGUCGGGGUGGACAGCGACACCAUAUGGAACGAGGUGCACUCAUCGGGGGCGGCCCGCCUGGCCGUGGGCUGCGUGGUAGAGCUGGUCUUCAAAGUGGCCACGGGGGAGCUGAAGAAUGGCUUUGCCGUGGUCCGCCCUCCAGGACAUCAUGCAGAGGAGAGCACACCCAUGGGGUUCUGCUACUUCAAUUCCGUGGCCAUUGCAGCCAAGCUUCUCCAGCAAAGGCUGAACGUGAGCAAGACCCUCAUAGUGGACUGGGACGUGCACCACGGAAAUGGGACCCAGCAGGCGUUCUACAGCGACCCGAAUGUCCUGUACAUCUCCCUACACCGCUACGACGACGGGAACUUCUUCCCGGGCAGCGGGGCACCUGACGAGGUGGGCACAGGGCCGGGCGUGGGCUUCAACGUCAACAUGGCUUUCACCGGUGGCCUCGACCCACCCAUGGGAGACGCUGAGUACUUGGCGGCCUUCAGGACCGUGGUCAUGCCAAUCGCGAGCGAGUUUGCCCCGGACGUGGUGCUGGUGUCAUCGGGCUUCGACGCAGUGGAGGGCCACCCCACGCCUCUCGGCGGCUACAACCUCUCCGCCAAGUGUUUCGGGUACCUGACGAAGCAGCUGAUGGGCUUGGCUGGAGGCCGGAUUAUUCUGGCCCUGGAGGGGGGCCACGACCUCACGGCCAUUUGCGACGCCUCGGAAGCAUGUGUUUCUGCUUUGCUGGGAAACGAGCUUGAUCCUCUUCCAGAAAAGGUUUUGCAGCAGAGACCCAAUGCUAACGCUGUCCGGUCCAUGGAGAAGGUCAUUGAAAUCCACAGCCAGUACUGGCGCUCCCUGCAGCGCCCCUCCUCCACGGCGGGGCGCUCGCUGGUCGAGGCCCAGAAGUGCGAGAGCGAGGAGGCCGAGACCGUCACCGCCAUGGCCUCGCUGUCCGUGGGCGUGAAGCCGGCCGAGAAGAGACCCGACGAGGAGCCCAUGGAAGAGGAGCCGCCCCUGUAGCCUCUCCCGAAGCCGCGGGUCUCUUGUUUGUUUGUCUCUGUCUUGAAGCUCCGCCAAGAAAAGUUCCUGUUACUCUGCGUCCUGCCGCGGCGUUCUUAGGGCGCCGGGCACGGCAGGGCUCGGGCGGCGCCGGGGAGCCUCUGGCUGCCCAGGCCCUCGGGUCUCCGGGCGGGGCAGCAGUGCGCGGAACCCGGGACAGACGCCGGGCCGAGCGGACACACGGACGCGCACGGAAGCCAGGCCGCCCUCGGCUCCCACGAGGGAAGCCGGGAGGGAGGACGCCUGCGGCGGCUCGUGGCAGAGCUGCCCGAUUCAGUUGACACGAGGAAAAGAAAAUCAAAGAUCUAAUAAUACAAAACAAACUUGAUUAAAACUGGUGCUUAAAGUUUGGUUAUUACCCACAAUUCCACAGUCUCCGUGUAAACCACUCAACUCAUCUUGUAGCUUAUGUUUUUUUAAAGAGGACGUUUUCUACGGCUCUGCCUGCCUCUGUGAACCAGGGCCGUGUGCGGCGGGGGGUGCAGCCGGGUGGGGGACAGAGUGGACGAGCAUUUAAGGAAAAAAAACUGGACAAAACAGAAAUGUGAGCCUGCAGGGCUGGCUUUGGUUUCUCAAAGCCUAUGGAAGAUGCGAGUUUGUGCCUUUUUUUUUAAUUGCUCUGAUGGAUUUUUGUGGCUGGGGUUUCUGAAGUCUGAGGAACAAUGCCUUAAGAAAAAAUAAACAGCAGGAAUGGGUGGGACGGUUUCCUGUGGCUGGUCGGGCCUGACAGUGCCCUGCGAGGGGCAGGAGGCUGCUGUGUGUUGGCCUGGCGCUCAGAGCGGGCGCAGGCCGCAGCUGGCGGCUCCAGAGGGCUGCAGUCCUGCAGCCCUCCUUUUGCUUUAUUGCUGUUGAAGAAAAAUGGAGGUAGUUCCAAAAAAGUGGCAAAUACUGUUGGGGGUUUUGAAGUCCAACAAAUUUUAAAUGAAUCCAAAGUGUUCUUUUCUCGUACAUCAUAUGAUAAUUGAGCAUCUCCAUUUGGUUGUGAAGCAUGUCCUGGGCACACUUUCAGUGUUACGAUCGGAAUGCUUUUUAUUAAAAGCAAGUAGCAUGAAGUAUUGCUUAAAUUUUAGGUAUAAAUAAAUAUAUAUAUGUAUAAUAUAUAUUCCAAUGUAUUCCAAGCUAAGAAACUUGAUUCUUAUGAAAUCUUGAUAAAAUAUUUAUAAUGCAUUUAUAGAAAAAGUAUAUAUAUAUAAUAAAUGCAGUUGUAAAGGUCCCUGGCGAAUGAAUGACUUGUGACUUAGAUAUCAAGGUGCUUAUGGAAAGGGAUCUCGUUUGACACUCGUGUAUUUUUGAACUCCAGAUUGGACGGCUUUCAGAUCGCCAACACGUUCGCCACUGGGCAGCUACCCUGCAAGUUUGUAUUUCAUUCUAAUUAUUUUCUAACAGAACUCCUACCCGCGCCAAGCCUCCAUGCACAUAUGUACCUAAUGAGUUUUUAUAGCAAAGAAUAUAAAUUUGCUGUUGAUUUUUGUAUGAAUUUUUCACAAAAAGAUCCUGAAUAAGCCUUGUUUUGUGACUUUUACAUUUUUUCUCACCAUUUAGCAGUUUUCUGAAUGGUAAUAAUGUCUCAACCUUUUUCCUUUCUAAAUUCUUGGUUGUACUUUUUUUUUUUUAACUGUUUUCAAGGUUUUUUUUAUGGUUUUCGUUUUUGUUUAUUUUUGUACAGCGAGCAGUUUUCUGCGGUGCACGGAACUGUGCCACAGAGCUUAUUUUCACAAAGUGAGCAUCGAAUGAGAAGAGGGGUCUGAGGUCUUUUCAUGGUGGUCCUGACCGUGUGUCUUUCCUGGUUCUGUCAUAGGAGCUGUAUCCAGACGCGAAGGGGCUUUCGUCCCCUCCACAGCAGUAGUGUGAUGGGUGUGGGUUAUGUUCCCCUCCGUAGCAGGUGUGGGGAGGAUUGCACAUGGCGCCGAGCUGGGUACCUUGCCAGAUAGCACGGGCCAUCGGCGAUCAUGAAACUCAUGUUUAAACUUCUCUGACCACGUCGUCAGGAUAGAAUUUUAGCUUCAGUUUUCCAAAGACCUUUUAAGCAUGUCAGCAAUGCAUGGGGCCAGAGUGGGGCCUGGUCCCCAUUCCUGGUUUUUCUGCUGCAGCCACAUGGCCCAGACCCUGGCUGGAAGCAGCGGGCCCUGGAUUUUGGAGCCGGUGGCUGCAGAGGCCCUUGCUGCCUUGCCAGCCUGCAGGGACAGCACAGGUCCUGACCAGGGCAGCCAGUCUUGGCUCUUUUUCUCUUGGACAGUAACUGACCAUCACUUUUUACUGGUAACUUAUUUCCCAGCACUUGAAGCCACCAAUUUCAUUCCAAAGUGUGUAUCGAGCUCAGACUUGUGGGAGGAAGUUCAGGCCCAGCGUGCCCACGGAGGGAACCCCAGGCCAGGUGUCUGAGUUUGGUAACGUUUACAGGGUAGCUUCUGAAAGAGAUACUGACACAGCCGACUUUUGACCAAAUGAAUCCAGUUUCUUGGAUCGGCUUGGUCAUCAGGAUGCUGUUGGUCAGAUCCAGGACACUGGUUUGAGAGCAGGACAGAAAGGUCUUGGGACGUGUUUGGCUAUCUCCUCCCGACUGGCCACUCUGAAGCCCAACUUGGCAGGAGGAGCUGGUGUGUGGGGGCAGCUCGAUCCACCUGGUGAGGGCGAUGGCAAGGCCCAGUGACCAGCUGGCUCUUCUGGCCUCCUUGGUCUCCGCACAGUCCCAUGGGGACCCCCUGCUGCCUGCUCUCCCACUGCCAGCCAUGGCUCGUGGGGAGGAAGACAUCUCACAUUUUGUACAGAUGAUGGGAUAACAUGGCCCUCUUGGUGGUCACGUUAUCAUUGUGGGGGUCACCUCCAACCCCAUUCAGUGGAGUCAUCUUCUGCAGAGAGGCCUGGCCAGGGGAGCGUGCUUCAUUGUCAGCUCGCUCCAGCUUCACAGACGUGCGUAGAGCAUGACAUGUAGCCUUUUUUUUUCUUUGAAGACACACUCAGCCCUCUGCACGGCCGGCCAUCCAGGGCAGACCGUGGGGGCCUGCCCCGUGGCGGCAGGGACGCCGCGUCCCGGAGGGCUCCUCACACCUCCCCUUUUGGCUCCCUGCACCUCUAGCCUUUUUCUUCCUUUGCAAAGGCCUUGAGGGCACUGGCUGGGGAUCAGCAAGCGAGCACUUUAUAUCCCUUUGUGGGAAACCCCACGACGCCGCCGGGACGCGUGGUGUCAACCCUGCCCUCUUGGCUUUCCGGCUGCGCCGCGCCGCGCCCGAGCCCCACCAGCAGGCGGCCGUCCCGGGGCCGCGCCCGACCGGCUGGGACUGGCAGCCCCUCCGGUUCCGAAGGGCCACUUUGUCAAAGUGUUUCAGUUUUUCUUUACUUCUUUUACAAGUCUGUUUCCAGAGGAAGGACCGUUUUGUCUUGGUCUGACACAAAAGCGGGUCUGAUUUUUGCAGCAGUAGCAGUGGAGUUGAUUGUUGUUAAUUUUUGAUCAGAACAUUCCUUCUUCCCUGGUCACAGCCACGUGCUCAUUCCAUUCUUCUUUUUGUAGACUUUUGGGCCCACGUGUUCUCUGGGCAUUGAUACAUAUAUAAAUAUAUAAAUAGAAAUAUAUAUGAUAUAUUUUUUUAGGUUUCCUACAUCUGGAGGUUGCAUGGACUGUUGGCCGGCAUGUCUUUAUAUUGUAUACGGAUUUUGCACGCCAAACUCGGCAGCUUUGGGGAAGAAGAAAAAUGCCUUUCUGUUCUCCUCUCAUGACAUUUGCAGUUACAAACGGUGGAAAUUUUUCUGUAAAACAAAACCUUGAAGGAGAGUGGGGGGGAACGUUUGCGUCUUAUUGAACUUAUUCUUAAGAAAUUGUACUUUUUAUUGUAAGAAAAAUAAAAAGGACUACUUAAACAUUUGUCAUAUUAAGAAAAAAAAGUUUAUCUAGCACUUGUGACAUACCAAUAAUAGAGUUUAUUGUAUUUAUGUGGAAACAGUGUUUUCGGGAAACUGUGCAGAAUUCACAGCGAACUGCCUGUCUCUCUCUGGUUGACUUGGAGGAAUUUUUUGUUUCAUUUCUUUUUAUCUCCUUGCACGGGGCGAGGCGUGUGCCCCCCUCACCGGCCCUCUGACUGCUUAUUCCAAUGGAGAACCGGGCAGCCCUAUGAGCCCCUUUUCCGCACAGCUGUGUUGACUUUUUAAUUACUUUGAGAUGAUGUAUGGCUAAGAUUUCACUUUAAACUAAGCAGUCGUGAACUGUGCGAGCACUGUGGUUUAAAAUUAUACUUUGCAUCGAAAGGAAACCAUUUCUUCCUUGUAAUGAAGCGGAGCUUGUUCUGAGCUCAGCUCACUUUGUCUCUGACAUGAUUAAAAUUCUCCUGUUGAAAGAAAAAGAAAGCAGACAGUUUGUUUGUUUGGUUUUUUGGUGUGUGUGCUCCGUACUGGAGGCGCCAUUUUCCAAUUGAUGAGAGUGACAAACCUAUAUCUAUAAUAUCUAUAUAAGGGGGGCUGACCCUAUUCACCCAAGAGCUUAUUACCGACAUGUUGUAGAAAACACAGUUGUAACGACAGCACAUCCCACCUGAUGCCUGUCCGCGCCCCGUGGGAGUUCCGCGCGGGGAGCCAAGACCUGUUUCUUCUGUAAUUUCAUCAGUUUUCUGAUUGUCUGGACCUUCCAAUGGUUCUUUCUUUUGCUCAGUGGACUUGGAGAUUUUGUUCUUGGUUUUCUCAUUCUUGUUUUGUUUCGUGUGGGUGGAUUUUCACCGAGCACGGUGUCCUCCUCCGACAGCCGACUUUCUGCUUCCCCUGGAGUCCAGUAUUUUGUACCUCAUCCUUCAACUUGUUACUCUUGUGGUGUAAAUAAAGACAGCAUUAAUUGCCCUCCUA